GAGGAAGUGAACUCUUUUGUUUUUGUGCCGUCUCAUUUACACCAUGAGAAAUCACCGGAGCUCCGAAUAUCUCCGGCCGUCGGCGAAUUUCCCGUAUGAAAUUUAACGGCUUUUCGUUUGAAUAGAAGGGACUAACAACGACUAAAAACUAAGAAUCUCGCUUAAAGGUUUCAACUUUUUUUCAUUUUCCGGGAAAGUUCUUCAAUUUUCUACUCCGAGUAAAUUUCUAGAAUUUCUCUGAUUCUCUGCUCAAUUCAACGAGAGGAGGGUUUGUUUCAAGUUUUUGACUUUACUACAAUGGCGACAACGACGAACGCGACGCAAUCGCAGUCACCGCAACCGCCAUUACCGUCGGCAGAAGAAUUAGCGUCCAAAGCGUUACAGAAGCGUUACGAAGGAUUAAUGAUGGUGAGAACAAAAGCAGUAAAAGGCAAAGGCGCGUGGUACUGGAGCCAUCUCGAACCAGUCUUACUUCACAACACCGACACUGGUCUUCCCAAAGCCGUCAAGCUCCGUUGCUCCUUAUGCGACGCCGUUUUCUCCGCCUCUAACCCUUCACGAACCGCCUCCGAGCAUCUCAAACGCGGGACUUGCCCAAAUUUCAACUCUUUACCAAAACCCAUCUCCACAAUCUCUCCCUCUCCUCCUCCUCCUCCGCCGCCGUCAAAUCGAAAACGCAAUUCCUCCGGCGGAAGCUCCGUCGCCGUCGAGGCUCCUUCUCCGUUGAAUCAUCACCAUCCAGUAGGGUCUUAUCACGUGACGCCUCUCACCGUCGUUGAUCCGUCGAGGUUCUGCGGCAGAGAUUUGCAGUACUCUGCGUCUUCUCUGCCGCAGCAGCCGCAUUUGAUGCUUUCCGGUGGAAAAGACGAUUUGGGUCCUUUAGCUAUGCUUGAAGACAGUGUGAAGAAGCUUAAAAGCCCCAAAACUACGCAGACGCAGAAUCUAAGCAAAGCCCAGAUAGAAUCGGCGCUUGAUUCUCUCUCCGAUUGGGUUUUCGAAUCUUGCGGCUCUGUUUCUCUAUCUGGUCUUGAGCAUCCAAAGUUGAGAGCUUUUUUGACGCAAGUUGGUUUACCGAUCAUCUCAAGGAGAGAUUUCGUCGCCGGAAGGUUGGAUUUAAAGUACGAUGACUCGAGAGCAGAAGCUGAAUCGAGAAUCCACGACGCAAUGUUCUUCCAAAUCGCUUCAGACGGAUGGAAAUUCGAGAGCUCCGGCGAGAAUCUCGUGAACUUGAUCGUAAAUCUUCCCAAUGGGACGAGUCUGUACAGACGAGCCGUGUUCGUGAACGGAGCUGUGCCGUCAAACUACGCAGAGGAAGUUCUGUGGGAGACGGUAAGGGGUAUUUGUGGAAAUUCACCUCAGAGGUGUGUUGGCAUUGUUUCGGAUAGGUUUAUGAGUAAAGCGUUGAGGAAUCUCGAGAGCCAGCAUUCAUGGAUGGUGAAUCUCUCUUGUCAGUUUCAAGGAUUCAACAGUUUGAUCAAAGACUUCAUAAAAGAGCUUCCUUUGUUCAAAUCCGUCUCUCAAAGCUGCUCUAGGCUAGUAAGCUUCAUCAACAAUACGGCGCAGAUACGUAACGCUCUGUGUAAGUAUCAGUUGCAAGAGCAAGGAGAAUCAAGAAUGCUGCAUUCGCCUUUGGAAUGUUCCUCGUUUGAGCCAUUGUAUAAUCUCCUCGAGGACGUGCUUAAUUCCGCUAGAGCGGUUCAGUUAGUGACGCAUGAUGAUGCUUGGAAAGUUGUUCUAAUGGAGGAUCAUUUGGCUAGAGAGGUUGGUGAGAUGGUCGGUGAUGUCGGGUUUUGGAACGAGGUAGAAGCGGUUUACUCGCUGUUGAAGCUCGUUAAAGAGAUGGCUCGGAGAAUAGAGGAAGAGAGGCCAUUGAUAGGUCAAUGCUUGCCUCUUUGGGACGAGUUGAGAUCAAAGAUCAAAGAUUGGUACGCAAAGUUCAAUGUAGUUGAAGAGAGGCAAGUAGAGAAGCUCGUUGAGAGAAGGUUCAAGAAAAGUUAUCACCCGGCUUGGGCUGCAGCGUUUAUACUUGACCCGCUUUACUUGAUAAGAGACAGCACCGGAAAGUAUCUUCCUCCGUUUAAAUGCUUGUCGCCGGAGCAAGAGAAAGAUGUUGAUAAGUUGAUCACAAGGCUUGUGUCUAGAGACGAGGCACAUAUAGCCAUGAUGGAGCUUAUGAAAUGGAGAACAGAAGGGCUUGAUCCGGUUUAUGCACGAGCCGUUCAAAUGAAGGAGAGAGACCCGGUUUCAGGGAAGAUGAAGAUAGCUAAUCCGCAAAGCAGUAGACUUGUUUGGGAGACUUAUCUUAGUGAGUUUAGGUCAUUGGGGAGAGUUGCUGUUAGGUUGAUUUUCCUUCAUGCGACUUCUUGUGGGUUCAAAUGCAAUUCCUCUCUUUUGAGAUGGGUAAACUCGAACGGUCGAUCACGUGCAGCCAUGGAUCGAGCUCAAAAGCUAAUUUUUAUAUCAGCUAAUUCCAAGUUUGAAAGGCGGGAUUUUUCAAACGAUGAAGAGAGAGAUGCUGAGCUUCUCACUAUGGCAGAUGGUGAAGAUGAUGUGUUAAACGAUGUUCUCAUAGACACAUCCUCGGUGUGACUUGUUAAUUUUUUUUUAGUUUUUUUCAUUAGAACUUGGCCAUUUUGUUAGGAUUGCUUGAAUUCUUUUCUUUUUUUUUUACAACCCUUAAUUCAAUUUCUACUUGGCUCCUCUAGGAGGUGAGAAAGAGAGCCAUAUCA